UUACAAACUGGUCAAGACGUGAUCCGGAUAGGACCUGGAUCUUUCUGUGUUGCCCCUUUCAUGGGUAGGUAAACCCAGUUUCUUGCUAAAAUGAUUGAAGAUAUUUGUCAGACCUGAAAAAAAUCAAAUAAACUGCAUGUAUUAAAGAAUUCUGCUAAGGAGCAAGAAUUUAGACACUGAUUAGAUAUGUCAGCAGGAUGGUUGAUUGUGGUUGCAGCAAUGUGGGGUGCCACAAAUCCCUUCAUCAAGCACGGAAGCAGUGGCAUUGAAAAUGUUAAAGAAAAUGGUAAAGUGCGACAAUUCCUGAUGGAGCUCAAAUUUCUCAUAUUCAAUUGGAAGUAUCUUGUACCAUUCCUGAUAAAUCAAGGUGGAUCCGUACUGUACUACAUUACACUGGCCUCAGCUGAACUCUCCCUGGCUGUGCCAAUCACUAACUCCCUUACCUUUCUAUUUACCAUCAUAUCUGGCCGAUUUCUAGGAGAUCAAAUUCAUCACUGGGAAACCUAUGUUGGAAUGCUGCUGAUUUUGGCUGGUGUUGCACUGUGCGUGUCUGACAAAAUGUGACAAAAACUUGUUAUGUAUGGAGCUUAAAUGUUGACAUGUUCAUUGACUGUGAUACUUCCGUUACAAAUGGUUUAUGAAUCAUGCAAUUAAUUGUAACAUAAUCAAGUUUUAUCAUUUAGCAUGAUGAGUAAAUAAAUUGUCUCAAAAUCAUAA